AUGGCCAAGGAGGCAGUGAAGCCCGCCGGUGGCCGCGGCCGCUCUCUGAGCUACAAGAAGCGUGGUCUGUGGGCCAUCAAGAAGAAAAAUGGCGGCACUUUCCCCGUGCACGCCAAGGCCGAGAAGGCCGAGGUGGCGGUGACCAAGGCCCCCCGCUUCUACCCCGCGGAGGACGCCAAGAAGCCGUUGAACCGCAGCUUCGUGCGCAACCCCACCAAGCUGCGCGCCUCCAUCACCCCCGGCACCGUUCUCAUCCUGCUGGCCGGCCGCUUCAAGGGGAAGCGCGUGGUGUUCCUCAAGCAGCUGCCCUCCGGCCUGCUGCUGGUCACCGGCCCUUUCCGCGUCAACGGCGUGCCCGCUCGCCGUGUGAACCAGGCCUACGUCAUUGCCACCUCCACCAAGGUGGACGUCUCCGGCGUGGAUACCGCCGCUUUCACUGAUGCGUACUUCAAGUCCACGGAGAAGAAGACGCGCAAGUCCAAGGGCGAGGCCGAGUUCUUCGAGGACAAGCUGGAGAAGGCGGCGCUGCCGGCAGAGUACAUCGCUAACCAGAAGGCUGUGGAUGCCUCCAUCCUGUCUGGACUCAGCGCUGAGCUCAAGAGCUACCUGGGCGCGCGGUUCACCCUCAAGAGCGGCGAUCGCCCCCACCUCCUCAAGUUCUGA